AUGAAAUGCAAACUUUUGCAGCUAAUUGCCGAUGAAUCUAGCUCUUUCGAUCGGGCAAUCCGGAAUCUCAGUUGUACAAAUGGGGGCGCACCUCGACGGCCGCUCCCGCUCCAUUCCCGCCCAGGCUCGAGAUCGGCCCCGCAGCCGCCGUCAUCGAGCCUCGGUCUCACAUCAACAAAACCACCAACCACGACAAAAGACACGCCAGAGAAAAUGCCGUCGGCGUUGAGUACCAUCCAGUUGGUCCUCUCCAAGAUUCCCCUCCUCCUCAAGACCGUCCUCUUCUACCUCCUCUCGCUGAGUCCCACGGCGCGCAAAUGGGACUUUCGCACCGAGCUCGCCGUCACCAUGCUCCGGGAACUCCUGGGCAACGCGCCGCCGUCGACCGUCAGCGCGCAGCAGGCGCUCUUCAUGCGCGAUACCGGCGCCCGCGGCCGGAUCUGGGUGAGCCGAACCACGCUGCCGGCGCCGCCCGAGGACGACGUUCGGCAGCAGGUGCUGGGCGCCGUGGCGGCCCUGGGCUCCGGCGGCGAGAGGUACGCGGCGCCGCCGCUGCAGGACGUCGGCGGCGAGUGGGUGGGCGUCCGCCACGGCGUGUCGAGCUGGGCGGCGGAGCCGACGGGCCUGAGCGAGAGGGCCAAGUUUGACAGCCUGACAAGGGAGGCGGAGACGGACGUGACAAUACUGUACAUUCACGGCGGCGCCAACUAUCUCAUGGAUCCGGUGUCGGCGCGCCCUGUCGCGCUGGCAUACGCCACAUACGCCAAGAGCCGCGUGUUCUCGGUGCGCUAUCGUCUGGCGCCGCAAGGCCCGUUUCCCUCGGCGCUGCUGGACGCCUUUGUGGCGUACCUGUCGCUGCUGCACCCGCCGCCUGGGUCCUGGCACGAUGCCGUGCCCGCCUCGUCGCUCGUCAUCACGGGCGACUCGGCCGGCGGCAACAUCAGCAUGUCGCUCCUCCAGCUUCUUCUCCAGCUGCACCGUUCAGCGCCAGGCAGCACUCUGCCGACGGUGCGCUUCCACGGCCGGGACGUCGGCGUGCCGCUGCCCGCGGGUGUGGGGCUCAACUCGCCGUCGCUCGACCUCACGCGGAGCAUGCAGUGGUCCGAGGCCUUCCUGCAAUACGACUACCUGCCGACACCGAAGCUGUCGCCCGUGACGUCGCCGCCGUGCGCCGCGUGGCCGGCGGACCCCCCGCGCGUGCACCUGUACUGCGAGGGCAGCGCGCUGGCGCACCCGCUCGUGUCGCCCAUGGCGGCGGCGGCGUGGGAGGGCGCGCCGCCCGUCUUCUUCGUCUGCGGCGAGGAGCUGCUGACGGACGAGGCCAAGACGGUCGCGCGGCGGAUGGCGCGGCAGGGCGUGCCCGUGGUGUGGGAGCAGUGGGAGGCGAUGCCGCACUGCUUCGGCAUGGUGCUGACGUGGACGGAGGCGUCGCGGGUGUCGUACCAAGGGUGGGCGGACUUUGUGCGGGAUGCGAUCCGAGGUCGGGUAGAGACAAAGGGGUGCUACGUCUCGGUCAAGACGCUGAAGAGGAAGGAGGUGGAUGUCAAGACGCUGACGACCAUUAGCGACGAGGACGUGCUGGAGGGCAUGGCGGCGGGCCGUCGACGAAUAGAAGACAAGUUUGCAUAUCUUUUGAAAUAG